CUGGCCGCGGGGCGCCGGGGGGGCGGUGGGCUCGCUAGCUCCGAGCCCCCCCCGUGCGGCAGCCUGCUGCUGAAAUGCACCAAGUGCGGCGUGGUGUCCAGCGCGGCCAUGACCUCCGCCACCGCCAGCAGUGCCAUGGCAUCGCUGUGGAGCUCCUGCGUGGUCCUGCCUCUGCUGGCGCUGACCUGGAUGUCGGCCGUGCUCGCCAUGACCGACCGGCGCUCCAUCCUCUUCCAGGUCCUCUUCGCCGUCUUCAACUCCGUCCAGGGCUUCGUCAUCAUCACCGUGCACGGCUUCCUGCGCCGAGAGGUCCAGGACGUGGUCAAGUGUCAGAUGGGGGGGUGCAGGAGCGAGGAGAAUGAAAACUCGCCCGACUCCUGCAAGAACGGGCAGGUGCAGAUCCUGACAGAUUUUGAAAAGGACGUUGACCUGGCGUGUCAGACAGUGCUGUUCAAAGAGGUGAACACCUGCAACCCCGCCACCAUCACGGGCACCUUGUCCCGCAUCUCCCUGGACGGSGACGAAGACCCCAAGCUCAACACCACCUCGGAGGGCGGCCUGGGCUACUCCAGCCUCCCCGGCAACAUCCCCCCGGCCAGCAUCCUGGUGCAGGUGCCCAAAAUGACACCCAACGUGGUGGCGGGGCUGACCGAGCUGGGAGAGCCGCCUGCGCAGCAGCUCGGCCUGGAGGCGCCGGGUCCCGUCUACCUGUGCACGGAGAGCAGCCUGCGACCCCUGGAAUACGGCUGGAUCCGGGCCCCCGAGCCCCCGCGAGAGAGCGACUACAUGAUGCUGCCCCGCCGCACCGGCAGCCUCAARCCCUUCCCCCGGGACGAGGGGACGCUCGGUGGCGGCGGCGCGGAGGAGGCGGUGGCCGGCGGGACGGGGCGGCCGGCGGCGGAAGGGGACGCCUACCCCGGUUUUGUGGCCGUGGAUCACGUUAACGUGAACCUGAACCAGCCCUACGCCACGGUGAAGGCUCCCUACGGCCUCCAGUUCAAGCAGCACCCCACGGUGAGGCAGAUCCUGGCCUCGGAGCUGUCGGAGCGCAGCCGCACCAUGCCCCGCACCGUGCCCGGCUCUGCCAUGAAAGUGGGGUCCCUGGAGAGGAAGAGGUUGCGAUACUCUGACCUGGACUUUGAGAAGGUGAUGCACACACGGAAACGCCACUCCGAGCUCUACCACGAGCUCAACCAGAAAUUCCACACGCUGGACCGGUACCGGGCUCCGUCCUCCGGCUCCUCCAAGCGAGAAAAGCGGUGGAGCGUCUCGUCGGGCGGCGGGGACAAGAACGCGGCCAACGAUGUGACCAGCCCCGAGGAGCAGCGGCCGAAAGCUCCGGCCGCGCCUCCCAAGCCAUGGAGCACAUUCAAGGCGAUGACGCUGGGCUCGCUGCCCAGCGCCCACCGGGACCGGCUGGAGCUGUGCCGGGCGGACUGGGACAGCCCCUGCGCCGGCCUGGACGCGGCCGACGGCGACUUCCAGACGGAGGUGUGAGCCCCGCGCCCAUCGCCACCGCCGCCGCCGCCGCCUCCGCCCCGCGAGCCGAGGGCGCUGGGUUUGCUCCGCGCUCCGGGGGCAGCCGGGGCUGGGGGGUCCCUGCCUGGCCGGAGCCGUUUUCCCCCGUUCUCUCUCCCGGGAGAGCCGCCCCCCACCCAUCCUCGCGCGGUUCCUCCUCCUGCCACUCCCUCCGGGACGCGGGUGCAGAGGGGACCCGCGCCGCCCCCCAAAACCCCCAAAAACGCUCACCCACGCUCACGCCUGCACCCCCAGCCCGGGGCAGGACCGGCCGUCGAGGCCCUCAGACCUUCGUUCUUUUCUACCGGGAUGUUUCUUUCACGCCGUGCACCGUGUGCACGCGAGCGGCCGCCCCCCGGGACCUCCCCCCGUCCCCUCCCCGAACCCCGGGACCCCCGCGGCCGCCCCCUCCCAGCCCUCCCCACCGUCCCCACCCCACGGGGCAGGUGCUGUCGUUGUUGGAAAUAAA